CCUUCACCGGAAGUUAACUGUCAUCGUAGCCAUGGUGGUCAUUUAAAGAUGGCGGAGCGCCUGGCUGCACGUUUGGCCUUCCAGGAGGAGCAAAUUCGGCUCCUCACCAAGGAAAUCUCCACUCUCCGGGAUGGACUAAGCCGAGGUCUGGAUGGCCCCGGCGUUGCGGGGGUCUCCCCGGAGCUGGAGUCCCUGCGGACCGAGAAUGAGAAGCUCAGGUACCGGCUUCUGCACCUCCGGCGGGGUCUGCGGGCGGAGCUGGAGCUGGAGGAGGCGCAGGGCAAGAGACAACAAGGAGUGAAGUGUGGCAAAGCGCCGGAGAAAAACACCAGCAAAGAGCCGCAGACAAACAACCGAACUGAUAAUAAGGUGGCAACACCGGAUACCAAACCAGGUGACAGGAACAAGAAGGAGAAGAAGCAGGAUAAGGGACAAGGAGGUGGAGGUGUGAAAGAGCUGAAGCCCUGGCCCGGAUACAUUGCAGAGCGCCUCAGCCUCUAUGAGGAGCUGAAGAGGGAGAGUGAUGCACUGCUGGCAAAGAAAGCUGCAGACAGCAAGCCCAUUACUGUGGAGCUGCCAGACGGACGUAAGGUGGCGGGCAAGGCUUGGCUCACCACACCAUACCAGUUGGCUUGUGACAUCAGCCAGGGCUUGGCUGACAACGCCGUGAUUUCUCGGGUGAAUGGGGAGCUUUGGGACCUGGACAGACCACUCGAGCAGGACUGCUCUCUUGAGAUCUUGCGCUUUGACAAUGAGGAUGCUCAGGCUGUGUAUUGGCACUCCAGUGCUCACAUCCUUGGGGAGGCGAUGGAGCGCUUUUAUGGAGGUUGUUUGUGUUAUGGACCCCCCAUUGAGAAUGGUUUCUACUACGACAUGUUCCUGGAUGGACAGAAGGGAGUGUCCAGCGCUGAGUUUGGGGACCUGGAGACUUUGUGUAAGGCUGUGGUGAAGGAAAAACAGCCCUUUGAGAGGCUUGAGAUCAGCAAGGAGACACUGUUGAAGAUGUUUAAGUACAACAAAUUCAAGUGCCGCAUUCUGAAUGAGAAAGUCGCCACCCCCACUACUACAGUCUACAGAUGUGGGCCCUUGAUUGACUUGUGCAGAGGUCCGCAUGUCAGACAUACAGGCAAGAUCAAGGCUAUGAAGAUCUACAAGAACUCUUCAACCUACUGGGAGGGCCGCUCCGACAUGGAGACUCUACAGAGGAUCUAUGGGAUUUCCUUCCCAGACUCAAAGAUGCUGAAGGAGUGGGAACAUUUUCAGGAGGAGGCCAAGAAUAGAGACCAUCGCAAGAUCGGCAAAGAUCAGGAGCUGUUCUUCUUCCAUGAUCUCAGUCCUGGCAGUUGUUUCUUCAUGCCACGCGGAGCCUACAUCUACAACACACUCACAGAGUUCAUCAGGGAUGAGUACUGGAGAAGAGGCUUUCAGGAAGUAGCCUCCCCCAACAUCUAUAACAGCAAACUGUGGGAGACAUCUGGCCACUGGCAACACUACAGCGAAAACAUGUUCUCCUUCCCUGUGGAAGAGGACAUCUUUGCACUCAAGCCCAUGAACUGCCCCGGGCACUGUUUGAUGUUCAGCCACAGGCCUCGCUCAUGGAGGGAGCUCCCUCUGAGGCUGGCGGAUUUCGGCGUCCUCCACAGAAAUGAGCUGUCAGGAACACUAACUGGGCUGACCAGAGUACGGCGUUUCCAGCAGGAUGACGCUCACAUUUUCUGCACAAUGGAUCAGAUCGAGUCAGAAAUGAAGGGCUGUCUUGACUUCCUCCGCUGUGUUUACGACGUGUUCGGAUUCUCCUUCCAGCUUCACCUCUCCACUCGUCCAGAGAAGUAUCUGGGCGACAUCGCUGUGUGGAACCAGGCUGAGAAGCAACUGGAGAACAGCUUGAAUGAGUUUGGGGAGCCAUGGAAACUCAACCCUGGAGACGGUGCUUUUUAUGGACCCAAGAUUGACAUUAAGAUCAAAGAUGCAAUUGGACGUUACCACCAGUGUGCAACCAUUCAGCUGGACUUCCAGCUGCCUAUCCGCUUCAACCUGACCUUUGUGGGGAAGGAUGGUGAUGACAAAGCCCGACCAGUCAUCAUCCAUCGAGCCAUCUUGGGCUCAGUGGAGAGGAUGAUUGCCAUCCUCACAGAGAACUAUGCAGGGAAAUGGCCUCUGUGGGUCUCUCCACGUCAGGUGAUGUUAGUGCCCGUCAACCCCUCCUGUGAGGAUUACGCCAAGAGGGUGUGUAAGCAGUUUACAGAAGCUGGUUUCAUGGCAGAUGCUGAUCUAGACUCCAGCUGUCUUCUAAACAAGAAAAUCCGUAACGCUCAGUUGGCCCAAUAUAACUUCAUUCUUGUGGUCGGAGAGAAGGAGAAGAUGACUAAUGGCGUCAAUGUGCGCACAAGGGACAACAAAGUCCACGGAGAACUGUCGGUGGCCGAGGUGCUGGCUCGCCUGACCCUGCUCAAACAAUCCCGCUGUCGAAACGCAGAGGAGGAGUUCUGAUCAAGACAAAGAACAAUCCAGACUCUUGCAUUUGAAUACCUCAACUUCAGUCAGAUGAGCAGUAAAGGGACAAAUGGCAGAUGUAUAGAUGGUACAGUGAAAGUGUAGUAUAUACAGCAGAAAUCAGACAGAGGAACUGAUGAGCUGAUAUUCUGUGUAAGUAAAAUGUACUGAAUGGGGCUGCAAAGCAAAUUUGAAAUGCCCACAUGAUCAUGUGUGAAGGGUAGAAAAAGACAAUGUUUUGUACGUGGUGUGGGUAUCAAAUUAAGUGAUUUUAAGUCCAUCUGAAGGGAAGUUACUUGUUAAUUUAAGGAAACAAUGUGAUCGUUUUGUGGAUUUGGCACUCAUUUUUCACAAAGGUAUGUCUCCAUGGGGAAACCCAGAAAUACAAUAAAUCUACUGAAUGUGA